CACUCUCCUAUGCCAAUGACCGAAUCUUAACACCCGAAAUCAUGCGCACGCUAAUCAUCCUCUACAUCGGCCCUCACAACCAGCCCAACUUCAACAAAGGCUACUUCCUCUCCCCCAUCCUCGCAGCGGAUUCCCUCCUCGCCCAGUUCCCAAGAUCUACUUCCUAACCGGCGAGCGCAAUCCACUGGUCGAUGAUAUAAUGACUUUUGCAGGACGUCUGCGCCAGGCGAAACUAAAUCAGUUCCUGGACGCACAGGGGAUGGGUCUUAUCGAUGAACGCAGGAUAUUCGACGAGAAACACCAUAUGGAGGUAUUCUUGCUACCAGGUAUCUCGCAUGGAUUCUUCCAAAUGGUCAGCUUUUUCCCGGAGGGGUGGAGGUAUUUUCAUCGGAGUGUGGAGUGGAUUAGGGAGAUGUUCGAGGGGGGUGAGGUGGUUGAUUGGAAGAGUGCUCUGGAUGCAAAAACGCAGACAGCUGGAUAAUUAUGGGAGAAAGAUGCCGCUAUUUCUAUGCCGGCACGCAAGUGCAGCGUGGGCAGUUUGUGUAGCGAGGAGGAUAUUUUUGACCGAAGAAUGAAUGGAUUGACUAGAGGAUUGAUGUACUGACGUACAUCUGGACGUGAAGGGC